AUGUCUGCUACCAUUCCAUUCGGAGUUGACUUAGGUAAUAACAGCUCGGUCGUUGCCGUUGCAAGAAACAGAGGUAUUGACAUUGUCGUUAAUGAUGUCUCCAACAGAUCAACCCCAUCUGUUGUUGGUUUCGGUCGUAAAAACCGUGCUAUUGGUGAGGCCGGUGAGAAUCAGAAGACGUCCAACUUGAAGAACACCAUUUCUAAUUUAAAGAGACUUUUAUCUCUGUCGACUAAGUCUCCAGACUAUGACGUUGAGAAGAAAUACGCCUCUUAUAAUUUGGUUGACAAAAAUGGCCUUGCUGCAGCUCAGGUUAAGUACCAGGGCCAGACCCAAGAGUUCACUUCUACCGAGCUUGUUGCAAUGUAUUUGAACAAGUUGAAGUCCAUUACAGAGAAGGAGACCAAGGCUAAUGUUUCUGACAUCUGUUUGGCAAUUCCAGCUUGGUAUACCGAAGAGCAGAGGCGUGCUGCCGCUGAUGCUUGUUUGAUUGCAGGCUUAAACCCAGUUAGAAUUGUGAACGAUGUCACUGCUGCUGCUGUUGGUUACGGUGUCUUCAAGACAGAUCUUCCGGAAGAUAAGCCUAAGAUUGUUGCUUUCAUUGAUGUCGGUCAUUCUUCUUACACCUGCUCUAUUGUUGCGCUUAAAAAGGGUGAGUUAAAGGUUCUUGGUACUGCCUAUGACAAGCAUUUCGGUGGUCGUGACUUUGACAGAGCCAUUACUGAGCAUUUAGCCGAUGAGUUCAAAGUCAAGUACCACAUUGAUAUCAGAACUAAUGCUAAAGCUUACUCAAGAGUUAUGAAGUCUGCAGAGAAAGUCAAAAAGGUUUUGUCUGCUAAUACGAGUGCUCCUGUUAACGUUGAAUCCGUCAUGAACGAUGUUGAUGCGCAAUCUUCCAUGACCAGAGAGGAGUUGGAGGAGUUGGUUCAGCCUUUAUUGAAAAAGGUGAAUCUUCCAAUUGAGAAUGCUUUGAAGAUUGCCGGUUUGUCCGUUGAUCAGAUUGACUCAAUCGAAUUAAUUGGUGGCUGUACAAGAGUUCCUUCGUUGAAGGCCAAGAUCAGUGAAGUCUUUGGUAAACAACUCUCGUUUACUUUGAACCAGGAUGAGGCCAUUGCCAGAGGUGUUGCCUUCAUUUGUGCAAUUCAUUCUCCAACCAUGAGAGUUAAGCCAUUCAAAUUUGAGGAUAUCAACUCGUUCUCGGUCACUUAUUGGUGGGAUAAAGGUGAAGAAGACGCUGAUCACUUGGAGGUUUUCCCUAAGAAUGCUUCUUAUCCAUCUACCAAGAUGAUUACUCUUUACAGAACUGGUGACUUCCAAAUUCAGGCCAAGUACACUAAUCCAGAAGAGCUCCCUACCGGAACCGACGAACAUAUUGCCACUUGGGACAUUACUGGAGUGGAAAUUCCAGAAGGUGAAGAAAGUGCAGCCUGUAAAAUUAAGGUUAGACAGGACCCAUCCGGUUUCUACACCAUUCAAUCUGGCUAUAUAGUUCAAGAGAAGGAAUUCAAAGAACUUGUUGAAAAGCCAGCAGAGGAGGAGGCCGAGAAACCCAAGGAGGACGAUAAGAAAGAAGAGAAGAAGGAAGAUGCUGAUGCUGAUGUCGAUUCUAAAGCCGAUGAUGAUGUGCAGGAGGAGGCCGAGCCAGAAUACAGAAUUGUUAAAAAGUUGGUUAAGGUUAAGGACUUGAAUAUUGCUUACAAGGGACAUGCUCUUUCAAAGGAUGCUUUGGCAGAGUCUUUGGAAAAGGAAUUUAAGAUGGUUGCUGAUGACAAGUUAGUUGCCGAGACUGAGGACAGAAAGAACGCUCUCGAAGAAUAUAUCUACGAUUUGAGAGGUAAGGUGGACGCUGAGUACGCUGACUUUGCAUCCGACAGUGAAAAGGAAUCUCUCAAGAAGAAGUUGUCUGAGGCUGAGGACUGGUUAUAUGAGGAUGGUUACGAUACCACCAAAGCAAGAUACAUUGCUAAGUGUGAGGAAUUGGCCUCCACGGGUAAUCUCAUCAAGGCUAGAUACAAUCAAAAGCAAGAAGAGCUAAAGGAAAAGUUCCAAAAGAAGAGAGAGCAGAAGGCUCAAAAGCAGAUGGCUGAGAAAUUGGCUAAGCAGGCUCAGACUGCUAAGAAGCAAGAAUCUAAAAAGGAAAAGGAAAAGAAGAUGAAGGACGCCGAGGGUGACGCCGUUAUGGAGUAA